CGCGAGUGUGGAAACAGAAGCGUCCAAGAUGGCUAACAGGACGGUGAAAGAUGCACAUUCGAUAAAAGGGACAAAUCCACAAUAUUUAAUCGAAAAAAUUGUUCGAACAAGAAUUUAUGAAUGCAGAUACUGGAAAGAGGAAUGCUUUGCGCUCACAGCGGCACUGCUUGUGGACAAAGCAAUGGAGCUGAAGUUCGUUGGGGGUGUUUAUGGUGGAAAUGUUAAGCCAUCGCCAUUCCUCUGUCUUAUCUUGAAAAUGCUACAGAUCCAGCCAGAGAAAGACAUUGUUGUUGAAUUUAUUCGUAAUGAAGAUUUCAAAUAUGUGAGAGCUUUAGGGGCAUUCUACAUGCGUCUGACAGGCACAUCAAUGGAUUGCUACAAAUACCUUGAACCACUAUACUAUGAUUACAGAAAAAUGAGAAUUAUGAACAGAAAUGGCAAGUUUGAACUCACUCAUAUGGAUGAGUAUAUUGAUGGACUUCUCCGUGAUGAAAGGACAUGUGACGUCAUCCUUCCCAGAAUUCAGAAACGCAAUGUUUUGGAGGAGAGCAAUCAGCUAGAUCCACGUGUCAGUGCUGUUGAGGAGGACAUCGAGGAAAUGGAGUCAGAUGAGGAGGAAGAGGAGCUCCCCCGAGAGGUGCGAAGAAGCCCCACACCUGAAAAGAGGAGUCACAAAGAUACUGAAAGGAGUAACCCCGUCCCAGUAUCCAAGCGGAGUCGUUCUAGAUCCCCACAUAAACGAGAUCGACAUGGUAAAACCAGAGAUACAAAGGCAAGAUCUAGGUCUAGGGAGCGAGAAAAACGUCACAGAUCACCAGGUAAAAGACACAGAGAGGAGGAAGACAGAAAACGUAAAAGCAGAAAGGGUCGAAACAACCGAGAUCGUCAAGAAGCAGAUAAAGAACGUCAUCGAGAUCGCAGCAACCGGGAGAAGUCAGACAGGGAAAGAGAUCGUGAACGUAGACACCGAGACCAUGGCAAAAGUCGUAGCCAUCACAGCAGAUUGCAGGAUGCAGAUAUUCGAGAAGCAAAUGAACUUAGAUCUAAAUUGGGCAUGGCACCUCUUCGGCCUUAGAAGUCUUGCUUAGAAGUGAAAUAGCAAAGUCAUUUAAUUUGUGUUAUGUCUUCUGAUCAACAAACUCUGAAAAACCCUUGGUGUAAGCAACAAGAUUAUUAUCAGAUGUUUUCUGUGCUCCAGAAUAUGGAACUUGCUGGAUUUGUGUAGCCAUUAGUCUGAAUUUGAGACAGGCCUUUAUCAUUUAAAAGAUUUGGAAUGAACUGUUUAUUUAGUGACAUCAUUCACUACCACAGCUUAAGUACAGAGUAGAAGAAUCCUUAAAGACUGAAACUCAUGAGGUAUUAAAAUGUUGAUGACAUUAAAUAGCAUUGCUAGAAAGCAGUGCUUGGUUUCUCUAGAUUGUUGGUGUUAGCCUGACCAAUGUGACAUUUACAGACAUUUAAAGAACUCUUAAUUUGCCUUACAGAAUAAAUGUCAUUCACUUUUUAUGUGUGUUUAUGUUCAUGUAUUCAUGUAUCUGCAAUGAAAAUACACUGAGAAGACACUGAAAAAUCAGUGGGAAAAUGCAGUAUAAUAGAUUCAUAGCAGGCAGUCCUUUCUAUUGUUUUCAGUUUGAUCUCCUAUAACCUUACUUAAGAAUAUAUGGAAAUUGACCUAAAAUUGUACAUGUAUCGUGCCUUUAGAAAAGUUAAAGUGCCAAAUGCCAGCCUUUUUCCUUUGUUAAAAAAGCCAGGAUUUUGCAUUCUAGUUUGUUGGAAGAUCAUUUCUGCACAUUUUUUUUAUUGACAUCUGUUUCUUUCAAGUCUGAAAAAAAUCUAACCUAAUCUAAAAAUAUUUAAUUCUACUGAUGUUCUUUGCCCGAAGGGGGCAGUUAUCCUUGCUUUGGCUGUGUAGGGUAGUAUGUAGUGCAAUAAUGGACUGAUCUGAUGUGUGUGGGGUGGAGGGAGGGAUUAAACAACUGCCUCUAGCUAGUCCUAAUGGCAACAUAAUUAUUUUAAGAUGCAAUGAGAAAAAGUUAAUUAUAUUAAUCUUUGAAAGUUCUACUGACAUAACCGUGGAGUUAUAAGAGUAUAUAAAGUGGCUUAGGCCAGGCAUGAGGGUCUUCUCUCCGAGGGCGACAUGGGUCACAUUUGUCAUUAGGGCUGCACACAAAAACUAAUUGAAGUCAUUUAAUAAAAAUUAUUGCAGAAUAUGUUUAUUACUUAAAGUUAGAAACAUACAAAUGGUUUAGUAGCUAGCCACAUUUAUGAUUGCAAAUUAAUCAAGUUGUUUAACAAAUGAAAAAAAUUUAACAGCAACUUGCAACUUGUAUGCAACAGCAACAGAUACAUUGAACAAAAACUGCCACAGUUCAAAAUUAACAUUUAGGACUAUUUUCAGUGUUUUGCUCUAAUGCUUGACACUUUGUUUUAAUGAAAAUUUUUUCUGUCUGGCUGAAAUGUUUGCGCAGUUUCCACUUACAUCAGAGAUGAGAGGUGCUGAUCACUCAGUCUUGUGAUGUGUGUGUUGAUUUUAUGAAGAGAAAUAACUGUUUACACACAGGUAGAACUGAACAGUGUUAUAAUCCUUGUAGCAAACUUCCUGAAGUUUCUAAACUUUUCAGGAAGAUAUAAAAAGAUCUAUAUAACAGAUUUUGCGAAUCGCUGCAGUGUCCGUUUUGUUUGCAGGCCGUAUGUUUGCCAUGCCUAGCUUAGGCAACAAUGAUGGAAGAGGGACACAAGUUCAAGUAUUAAAAAGUUGCCAGUUGGGGGACAAGAAAUUAUUUGUACAUAUCAAUGCUUGCGUUGUUGGUCAAGACAGGACUAAUUCUUUACUGAUUUAACUGCUAACUACAAGGUUUUCCAUUUUUUUAAAACCCAUUUUUAUGAUUUCUGUCACAACUCCCUAUCUGCGGUGUCAGAAAUUAUUAAUUCAAGACAGAGACUUUAAAGUCUCUGUUCAAGAGUAGCUGGAUUUUGGGGUGAAUAAGUACAAAACAUUCUUUGUAAAUCAAAACAAUAUAUGAAUCACCUCUAGAUUUAUGAAUCAUUAUAGAUGAUGACAAUUUGAACAUCUUUUUAGCUCUUGUGAGCUCAUUGGAUAUUAUGAUUUUCAAAGAAGCACUUUGCAAUCUACAAGCAAGACAAAAAAAAUAAAAAAUGACUUGUGCCUACUUGGUCUGUCCUACAAUGGGAACUGUGGUGUGGGUAGGAUUUGCAGCCUCGUUUAUAGUAUUUCAACUGGAUUGUCAUUGAGUGAAAUGGGAGCAACUACUGUUUUAUUAUCCCAUUUAUCACUUGCAGAGAGUGCUAUUUAUCUUGGUCCUGAUUUUGCGCAUUAUAAGUACUUAUUAUUAUUGUUUUAUAGACAUAACGUUUGCAUGUUAUUUAUAUUUUUAUUUUUCAGCUAGACCUGAAGCGGGUUUCUCUCUCUCUCUUAUAUUAUAUCUGUUGAUAUCGCUGUACACUUGUUUGCAGACAUGCUCAGUCUGUAUCAGUUUGUUAUGUGAAUUUGUGUUUCUGCAUUUCUUUUGUAAAUUGUAAAUGGAGAUAUGAAGCAGGGAAAUGAGCUAUACAUGUAUACAUUUCUAUCAUUGUUAUUAUAUGAAGGAAUGAAAGUAAAAAUUGAUGUGAUUGGAGAAACAUUGGCUAGGUAUAUAGGUACAUAUAGUUGAAAUGUAAGCAAAAAAAUUCUAAAAAAGAAAAAUGACAAAGAUAGUGACCUUUACAACACAACUCACAAAUUUUUAUAAAUGUAAACCUUUAUUUUUUUCCAAAUAAAGCUUGUAGAACUAAA